GAGGGAGGGGAGAGGGGAGGAAAAAACAGCGCUACAUAGUAACCGCAUGGGCAGAACAUUUAGUACCCUGGAUGUGAGAUGAGAGGGGCGGGCUUGAGUUAGGAGGAAUAGACGCGGUUUUAAAAAUCUACCGACUGAAUUUCAGAUCGGAUCGCCGGCCGCUUCUGGGAAAAGACAUAAAGAACCAAAAAAAAAAAACCCCAACAACAAACAAACAACAAAAAACAAAACAAAGGAGCGCAAGGAAAUUGUUACCGUGUGAUGCUCACACGCAGAAAUGACCACUGAUCAAGAUCUGCCUAUGGAUGGCCAGCCAGCCACAGCUGUGUUUGCUGCGAAGGGCAUCGAUGUAACACCCAUUAAAGACCAAGGAGUUAUUAAGGUUGUGAAGCGUCAGGGGGUAGAUAAAGAGAGGCCAAUGAUUGGAGACAAAGUGACUGUCCACUACACUGGGAAGCUGCUCAGUGGGAAGAAGUUUGACUGCAGCCGAGAUCGCAAAGAGCCUUUUUGCUUCAAUGUGGGCAAGGGACAAGUCCUCAAGGCCUGGGAUAUUGGUGUGUUGUCUAUGCAGAGAGGUGAGGUGUGCACAUUACUGUGCAAACCAGAGUAUGCUUAUGGAGCUGCUGGUAAUCCAGACAAAAUUCCUCCCAGCUCUCCAGUAGUGUUUGAGAUGGAGCUACUCAAGUUUGAAGGAGAGAUGCUUACGGACGAUGGUGGCAUCUUAAGAAGAAUAAAGGUCAAAGGGGAUGGUUACACGAAUCCCAACGACGGAGCAAGGGUUGACGUGCACCUAGAGGGAAGCUGUGGUGGUCGAUUGUUUGACUGUAGGGACGUCAGCUUUACUGUUGGCGAGGCUGAAGAUAAAGGUGUUCCUCACGGAGUGGACCGAGCGUUGGACAAGAUGCAGAAAGGAGAGUGCUGUCUACUUUACUUAAAACCAAAGUAUGGCUUUGGAAGCGAAGGUAAACCGGAGUACAAAGUUGGACCAGACAAAGACAUAGUAUACGAAGUUACCCUCAAAGACUUUCAAAGGGCUAAAGAAUCCUGGGAAAUGGACUUGAAUGAAAAGCUGGAAAUGUCUCUUGAAGUUAAGCGUAAAGGGAAUCAAUAUUUUAAGGCAGGCCGGCACUACCAGGCAAUCAUCCAGUACCAGCGCAUCGUUUCCUGGCUAGAAAUGGAGUGUGGUACUGGGAUAGAGCAGCAGAAGAAGAUACAGGACUUUCUCUUGACGUCACACCUCAAUUUAGCGCUGUGUUUCCUGCGGACAAAAGACUUCACACAAGUAGUGGAGAACUGCAACAAGGUGAUAGAGCUCGAUGAGAGCAACGAGAAGGCUUUGUAUCGUCGCGGGGAAGCACGUCUCCGUCGUAACGAGUUCAGCAUGGCCAUGGCAGACUUUCAGAAAGUGCUGCAAGUCAACCCCUCAAAUCGAGCAGCUCAAGCUCAGAUUUCCAUCUGCCAGAGCAAGAUUAAGGAACAUCAUGAGAAGGACAAGAAGACCUACGCCAACAUGUUCCAGAAAUUUGCAGAAUACUGGGAAGAUGAGGAGGAGGCGCGAUGACAGGAGCAGCAUGAACGGUGAAGUGGGCAUUAAACGGCGGCGGAGGAGUCAGGACUGUCCAUCGUAAUAGUGACACUUGAAAGGGAGAAAAAGAAAGACAUGCCUCUCUUUGCUUUCCAAGCCCUGGGAGCAGAAGCAGGAACAAAGUCGCAUAAAGGCCUCUAAUCCAAACCUCUUUAUCCCAAAAUCCAACGUUACCAUUCCUGCAUAUAAAACAGAGUGUUAGCAGGGACAUUUGCAAGCCAAACAGAAUUUCCCCUGUCACACAGACUGUGCAACUGCCAGGAUGCACCUUCCAGUGGAGUUAGGACUGCAGAAUCAGUGAGUAGAGAUUGGUGAACACUUCUAGCCCCCACUUUUAUUCUGAAAAAAUAUAAUUUAUUUCUUUAAACAGAGGAAUUCCUUUGUAUUUGUCAUUAGGCUACUGUGUAGAGUUGAGAUGUGCCUCCACAGUGUGUUUCUAAUUCCAAAACUGUACUCUGACUUGUAUUUGGUAUUAAGCCUUUUCUUGGGCAGCUGCAUGCAUGUAUCAUGAGGUGUUUGGGAUUCAGACUUGAAACUUUGCUAUUUUUUGUAAUGUGCAAUAUGUAAUUUGGACAAAAAGUGUAACAAGUCCCACUAGCUAAGUUGUAUUUUAAACAGAAACAUGAUCAAUUCUACUUUUCUGAGCAAAAGUAAGAAAACUAUAUUACCCAUAACUUAGCCUUGUCAUAAACAAUAAUCGGAGUGUAGGGAAGCCCUCAUUCGAUGUUGAAAAUACAGAAAUACUACAAAACCAAGAUUCACAAAAAGUUUAUUCUCCACUAAACAUGAAUGUUAAAUAUUGUCAUAAAUCACUGAUAGAAACCUCAAGUUUCCAAUCAGCAGACACCAGAGGCAGAGAAAAAAGCACAAACUACAGACACAAAAUUAUACCAAAACAUAAGUCUGUCAUUCUGGCGUUCUGGGAGUUUUACUGUUCAGUGUAUGUGGUUAUUGCCAGUAACAGCUGAACUAAUAAAGAGAUUAAUUUGUGACAGUAAGCUACUACCUAUAAAGCCAAAUGAGUACAUUAAAGCAUAUAACAGAACCCAAACAGUGGUUAAGAGAGAUUAUUUCCAGAGAUACAAAUUUAGCACCUUGUUUUGGGUAAAGAUGAGGUAUUGUUUUACUAAGAUGGAUAAAACUAUGGUCAUGAACUAAAAUAAUUUAUUCAUCAAUACAUGCAUGAUAGGUCAUUAUUAAUUUGUUGAAAUCUUGUGUUUUAUCUACAUAUCCAUGAACACAUCACGCAGUACAGUUUUUUAUGAGAAGCCAGUCUGGUAUUGUAGUUGAUCAAGUAAAACAACUGAUAAUAGGCAUCUGUGGUAUUAAUAUCAGAUCAUUACAUAAUUGUUAUGGAGUGAUUACAAUUGAAUCUCGUGGCAGCUGCAAAAAACAUCAAAUAACAUAUACAAAAGUUAAAAUAUACCCAAAAUUAAAUGUUUCCGCUUUGGUGUAUUUUAGUGAUGGAUGACUCAAAGUUUCUUCUUAUGUCGUACACAUUGUAUGUUAAUCUAUCAGCUAAUUGCAUAAACAGCAUGGCACAAUCUUCAGCGCACAUAAAAAUACAUGCAGCACUACUUCUACUGACAUCCUCAUAACCACGAUUCAAACUUCCUACAGAAGGAGGCAUUUGAUCCUAAAAUCAAUCCACAUUUGUCAAAGCAGAUGCAUUAGUAUUGACUCUGUGAGUGCAAGCGGGAGAGGAACACACACAAACCACAAUUAAGCUCUAAAAUCAUCAGAAUCACAGAUUUCUUUCAAUCUUUCACAAAUUUCAUCAUUUUGUUAAACUCUGGUAAUGUGAUCAACUACACAAUUUUACAUCUGUGUAGUUCUUUUUUGCCUCGGUCCUGAAACAGGUGUCUCUUUAUUUCACUGCAUCUAUUUUGUUUUUAUGUGUAAAUGUUUGUAGAUAAUGGACAAUGGUGACUGUCAAGCCAACACUGUAAAAUCAGACAACAAUCUUGAGAUGUUUUCUAAACAUUAGUUGUUGCAGAAUGAGAACCUUAGCUGUCUUAAAUAUUUUGUGUAAAAAAAAUCAACAGUGUGUGUGUGUUAUUAUAUAUUGUUGUAGCAAGGUUUUUAAACAGCUUAUUGCUAAAUGUUUUCAAGUACUGCUGGCUCUAAACAUUCAAACAUUUUGUACAGUGGAAAUGAGCAUGAAGUAGUUUUUCUACCAAUUAUGAAUUGUGUUUAAGAAUACAGAAUGUUUAUCCCCCACAAUCAACUACAGAAAGAUGUCCAGGCCCCUUUUGUCCUCCAUUCAUCGUUGAUAACUUAAAAAUGCAAAUUACAGGAAUAAUUUGGACAACUUUGACAUAAACAGGAUAAAAUGCAGCUGGUUAAACUGCGGCACGGCUGACGUGAGAUUGGUUUUAUUAGAAGUGUUACGUCAUACAAAAUGUUUACAUGUAUUCAAAAGAUUUUCACCCUGUAAAACAAAAUGUGAUCAAUGUGUUAAACCGGCAUUUAUGCAGAAGAAAUAUUUUCAGACAAAAAACUACAUAUGGUACCUUUGUUCAUGUCUUCUUUAUAUAUUUUUUUAUUUUUUUUUGCACUUUAAAAGCAUUAAAUAAAUCCAAGGGUUGCAUUUAAA